GGGUCUUUAGUGGUUUUUACAUACAUAAGGGACGAUGCCGCACAGAUAGGUCCUCUGACUAGUCUACAAUUUCAACUGUUGGCGCGCGGUCUGCAAAUAUCUGUAUACGCAUGAUAGCAUAGUCUAUUGUACUUUAGUCUAGGACAGGUGACUGUAUACACGCGACAAGAUUCGAAGCUCAUAAGUUCCUUGCAUUUAAUUGGAACGGGACUUGUUAAAAGAUGCUGGUUGGUAAGUAGCCUUAAUGGAAAUAAGUUGUUCAGUUUAUUGUGAAUUAGCUUUCAAUCAAAAAUUGUGCGCCCAACAUUGUAAUCAUAAGCUGUCUUAAUUUUAAGUAGACUAGGUCUUUGAAUUUAGUUUUAUGACAAGGGCGUCCAGGAACUGUGCAUCGUUCUUGAAAUACAAGGCCGGCGUCAAGUAAACAGAUGUAGAAAGUAUAAAUAGAUGGUCUUACGAUCCCAUUAUUUCAUAUUCUACCAUGGGCGCCCGCAGAAAACUUUCUAGGGGGGGGGGGUGCAAAAAAAAUCGAUUAACAAUCCAGGGGGGCGGGCAAAUAAGGUUUAGUAAUGUUUUAAUAUAGUUUUAAUUUACCGUAGCGUAUUUGUAUGGUGAACGAACGGACGGGACAUCAGCUUAGUUCCUUUAUCUUUAUUUUAUCCAAUCAAUCCGGGGGGGGGGAGCAAGUGCCACGCCUUGCCCCUACCUGCGGGCGCCCAUGUAUUCUACUAAUCAAGACAAUGGGUGUCAGGAAACUAUUAUGGUUGAACCGACUUUCAUUUAUUGAAGAGAGUGUACUCUUCUUCUUCUUAUAUUUGAGGGGCCCUCGAUCAAUUUGUUGAUCAUACUGGCUCCUGGUUUAAAUUCAGAGUUUGCCUUCUCUUAGAUGGGUUGCCGUCCAAGGCUAACGAGUCCCAUCCACCCGGAGUACUUGAGAUGUUGGCUUUGGUGGGGAUUUAACCUAUGCUGGUAAGUGCUAUAACCUAUGCUGGUAAGUGCUAUAACAUAUGCUGGUCAGUGAUAUAACCUGUGCUGAUCAGUAGCAUAAAGUGCACUGGUCAAUAAAAAUACGGGCGUUAGACAGUUGGUAAAUGUGCAUGUCGUGUCUUGAGAACGCCAUAACUGUCAGCUGUUGAUGGUUUAGCACGUCAACUUUGUUAGUGGAAAACUGUCAUCAUGACACAGCAAAGACGCCGUCCACAGUGGCGCAAUGUCAUAGAUUAGCUUACCCCAACUUGCUCUUGUAUCGCAAGGCUAGAAGUUCUAGUUUCAUGUUAUGGUUUUUAGGCGUCACAUGUCCAUACGGGACCCACGUGUUCAAGUGUGACUCUCGUGCUCCAAGUUUGACUCACGUGUUCAAGUGUGACUGGAACUUGAUUUUGACAGGUAGGGAGGUUUCCUGUUUCCUGCACAUCCCAUUGGCCCCAUUUCUAACUCUGUCGGCCAGUCAGACAUUCAUUUCAUUAAGGACUUUUACAAGCUCAAUUUUUUUAUAGUGGGAAGUUUGACAUUUGGCUAGCUGAAUCCACUAACAUAUGUCAUUUGCUGACUGAUACAAGUAUCUUUAACAUAAGUCAUAAGUGCGUAGAACCUGGCCAACACACAUUUUUAAAAUAUUAUCUUACCGAGUCUUCAUUUUGUUAAAGGAAUUGACGUAUGCGUCAGCGAUUUUAAACACGCAAUCGUCGCCUGUAUGUGCUUAGGUCAGUGAGUUACAACACCAACUGAUCCACUGUAUUCUGUUGAUCCAUUUUGUGUUCAUGUGGUCAGUCUAGACAGGGGGAUCAUGACAGAUCACACACACACACCGACAACAGUCUAUUGUUUGUGUACAGCCGGAGCAUACCCAUGUCCAAAGUUAGUCAGGCUUGGGCCAUAGUAUACCCCCAAGAUUAUACCAACAGUCUAUACCCCCAGCAACGCCGGCCUUUGGGGUGUGUAACCUGUGCCCUCGAACAGGGCGCCGUAGCCAUAGGGACGCCUGGGGCGCACAGUAAAAUUUUAAUUCCCUUAGUUUAUUAUAGUGAAGUUUGAAGUACUGUAGAAAAACUGAACAAUCUAAAUUAAUGUGCGCUUUAAAAUGCGCAUAAUUUGCUACAUGUAUAGCUUCAUAACACGUGCUCCAUAGUAUGGUUAGCUACAUGUGCCAGCACGUGCUCCAUAGUAUGGUUAGCUACAUGUGCCAGCACGUGCUCCAUAGUAUGGUUAGCUACAUGCAUAGCCUCGUAACACAUGCUCCACAGCCUACGUCAUAAUCGGAUAAAGACCGGAGCCGUACAGGGCGCAUGUUUACCUAAGGCCGGCGUUGCCCCCCGCCCCAGAUUAUACCCCCAGCCCACAUUAUAGCCCCCUCCCCCCGAUGUCAGUAGUGUGCAGUGACAAACACAUGAAUUAAAACUUCUACAUCUAAUUGGGUUUCAGCUUAGUCAGGUAAGUUUAAAGUGACAAAGUUGACUAACUUAAAUCUUACAUCACUGAUGAAAGACAAUACCCUUCCAGGUCAGAAUAUCCCCUCUUAACCCGACUAACCCUGCCUUUCCACACCCCUUUAGACCAGACUAUACCCCCCGAGGCCCAACUAAACCCCUCCAGGUCAGACUAUACCCCUCCAGGUCAGACUAUACCCCUCCAGGUCAGACUAUACCCCUCCAGGUCAGACUAUCCCCAUCUAGUGGUAUUCAAACAAUGUGUCGUACAUUAAUGAAUGUAGCCGGAGUCAUAACAUGGCCAGGUUUUGGCGCGGAGGUAAGCGAUUAUAUUUAUUUUCAAAAAAGGCCCUUUUACAGAAAUAACAAGUAAACAAAUAAAAUUGAUUAUGAUUACCGGUAUAUUUAAGUUUAUUUUUGUGUUUUUUUCAAAAUGUGGAAAUGUAUAUCUCCUCGACCUGGUUGUGAUUAUACAAAUAAUCAGCAGAUAUCAGCUCAAUUGUUACUGUAACACUUUUGCUGGUAUCAGCUGUUUUCAUUACAUCACAUUCUAUGGUGAGCCACACAGCGUCUUAUUUAUAUUCAAAGGAUUCCCCAACCCCGUUUUUUUUUUAAAAGCCUUUCAUUUUUUUUAACUCUGUGCUUUUCACUUUUUAUCUACCUUACUCAUAAAAAGAAAAGGGGGGGGGGAGAAGAGCAGUGGAGGCAACGUUGUAGGACAUCAUCGUCAGACUUGCUCAUGUCAUCUCAUUGUAUUUCGCAGCUUAAAGAACACAUUAUUUCUCAUAAAAUUAUACGGCGUAAAAUUUGAAAACCAUGGAAGACCAACUGUAUGACCAAUUGUAUGACCAACUGUAUGACCAAUUGUAUGACCAAUCGUAUGACCAACUGAUCCAGAUAAGAGUGCCGAGUCAGUAGCAAAUAUUAAAUAUUUUGUGUAUUCCUUUAUUUGUCACCUUGGAAGUAUGGACACUUGAUCAGUGAUCAUGGACGAGGCUUUGUAAACUCGAUCAUCGACAACCUGGUGGAUCAUUUCCAAACAGAUUUCCUCAUUGCAUCUGCCUACCUCCCACAAACAGAUCCCCACAUUGCAUCUGCCUACCCCCCACAAACAGAUCCCCACAUUGCAUCUGCCUACCCCCCACACAUAAAUGGGCAACUGAAAAGAGACAAGAUUGUUACUCAAAGAAGCGAUUCUGUUGAGUUGGGAUAUCGUCAUUCCGACAAAGUCAAUGACACAAUGGAGUUGUUGACCUAUCUCGCUAGCUUUCAACCCGUUGUCAACACCAGAACAUGUACCUUAUCUUAAGACCCAGCACUCACAUUGUGAAGUUGUUAUCAGUGUUUAAUUUUGUAUUGUGUAGCGAGGACUUGUUUGUUUUAUAAGUUGUAGCUUCAGAACGCUAUUAUCCUAUUAUGAACAGCCGAAUAUAUUAUCUUUAUGUUAAAAUUUCAUUAAAAUGUCUGGGCUGUAUCCUUUCAUCUCAAUGUGUAAACUUUACUUUGAUCUUCGUGAGGGAAAUUUUUUCUGGUUAAGUUUUAAAAGUCUUUAGGUUUAGAGUUUGAGUUCAGACAACUUGGUCACUUUACUCACCUGAUAAAGCUGAACGCUCAAAAAAAUAUCGAAAUAUGGAGCAAUUCAUGUCUUUAUUACAGUGCACUACUGAUACCAGGAAAAGUGGUAUUAAUCUUGCCUGGGGUAUAAGUCUGUCCUAGGAUGUGUUCACCCCUGGGUAUAGUUUGGCCCUAGAACACUUUAACACACGGGGUUUCUCGUGCCUAGGCCAUAAUAGCCCGAGCCUAGUCUGGACAGGGGUAUGCUCUGGCCUGCCACACUGAGAUCAAUUUGUGUAGGAUAGAGACCGACCGAAAGGGAUUUGCUGAUAUCGGCCGAAACCGAAACCAGACCGAAAGUUAAAAAUAAUUUUCAGCCGAAACCGAAGCACAAGGCUUAACGAGACUUUCGGCCCAAGCCGAAACCAAAAGCUUAACCACACUUUCGGCCGAAACCGAAAACGAAAAAAAUUAGAUAUUUUAAAAUUCGUCCAUGCACACGUUCUUCAUACAUCAAAAAAUGAGGGAACGUAUCAAAUGUUUAUUUUAUUUUUUUUUAAAUAAGAUCUUCGUGAGUUUUAAAAGAUACGCAUCAACUCAAUACUUUGGCUCUUACCAUUUUAAAGUAGUUAGAUAAGAGAAAAAAAAAAUUUUUUGGGGAGCUAAAUUCAUGCAAUAUAAUUAUAACGCUACCUAGACACAUUUGGUAUAGGUUCGAAAGCUUAGCCUUUGCGUAUUUUAUUGGUAUGGUACACUAAAAUGUUCAGACAUAAGUCUUGAAGGAACUAUUUAUUCUCAUUGGUCAACAUUAAAAUUAUUAGUUUAUCCGCAAUAAUUAUUAUUUAUCGGCUAGUUUAAUUUUUGGUCAAACAAAAGUAGAAGGAAUUUUUGAGUUAAGCAUUGUAUGAUGAUACAGUAGCAGACCUGGAGCUCCCAAUUUAGUAAAAUGUAGUCUCAGAAUAGCACUCAGAAAUGGGACAUCCAUAUUUAAUGUUGAUAUGACAAUGGGACAUCCAUAUAUAAAGUUAAUAUGACAAUAGGACAUCCAUAUAUAAGGUUGAUUAGACAAUAGGACAUCCAUAUAUAAAGUUGAUUAGACAAUGGGACAUCCAUAUAUAAAGUUGAUUAGACAAUGGGACAUCCAUAUAUAAAGUUGAUUAGACAAUGGGACAUCCAUAUAUAAAGUUGAUUAGACAAUGGGACAUCCAUAUAUAAAGUUGAUUAGACUAUGGGACAUCCAUAUAUAAAGUUGAUUAGACAAUGGGACAUCCAUAUAUAAAGUUGAUUAGACAAUGUGACAUCCAUAUAUAAAGUUGAUUAGACAAUGGGACAUCCAUAUAUAAAGUUGAUUAGACAAUGGUACAUCCCUAUAUAAAGUUGACUAGACAAUGGGCCAUCGAUAUGUAAAGUUGAUUAGACAAUAGGACAUCCAUAUAUAAAGUUGAUUAGACAAUAGGACAUCCAUAUAUAAAAUUGAUUAGACAAUGGGACAUCCAAAUAUAAAGUUGAUUAGACAAUGGGACAUCCAUAUAUAAAGUUGAUUAGACAAUGGGACAUCCAUAUAUAAAGUUGAUUAGACAAUGGGACAUCAAUAUAUAACGUUGAUUAGACAAUAGGACAUCCAUAUAUAAAGUUUAUUAGACAAUGGGACAUCCAUAUAUAAAGUUGAUUUGACAAUGAGUCAUCCAUAUAUAACGUUGAUUAGACAAAGGGACAUCCAUAUAUAAAGAGUAUUAGACAAUGGGAUAUCCAUAUAUAACGUUGAUUAGACAAUGGGACAUUUAUAUAUAAAGUUGAUUAGACAAUGGGACAUCCAUAUAUAAAGUUGAUUAGACAAUGGGACAUCCAUAUAUAACGUUGAUUAGACAAUAGGACAUCCAUAUAUAAAGUUUAUUAGACAAUGGGACAUCCAUAUAUAAAGUUGAUUAGACAAUGGGACAUCCAUAUAUAAAGUUGAUUAGACAAGGGACAUCCAUAUAUAAAGUUGAUUAGACAAUGGGAUAUCCAUAUAUAAAGUCGAUUAGACAAUGGGGCAUCCAUAUGAUAAGUUGAUUAGACAAUUGGACAUCCAUAUAUAAAGUUGAUUAGACAAUGGGACAUCCAUAUAUAAAGUGGAUUAGACAAUGGGACAUCCAUUUAUAAAGUUGAUUAGACAAUGGGACAUCCAUAUAUAAAGUUGAUUAGACAAUGGGAGAUCCAUAUAUAAAAUUGAUUAAACAAUGGGACAUCCAACUAUAAAGUUGAUUAGACAAUGUGACAACCAUAUAUAAAGUUGAUUAGACAAUGGGACAUCCAUAUAUAAAGUUGAUUAGACAAUGGGACAUCCAUAUAUAAAGUUGAUUAGACAAUGGGACAUCCAUAUAUAACGUUGAUUAGACAAUAGGACAUCCAUAUAUAAAGUUUAUUAGACAAUGGGACAUCCAUAUAUAAAGUUGAUUUGACAAUGAGUCAUCCAUAUAUAACGUUAAUUAGACAAUGAGUCAUCCAUAUAUAACGUUGAUUAGACAAUGAGUCAUCCAUAUAUAAAGUUGAUUAGACAAUGGGACAUCCAUAUAUAAAGUUGAUUAGACAAUGGGACAUCGAUAUAUAAAGUUGAUUGGACAAUAAUGGGCCAUCGAUAUAUAAAGUUGAUUAGAUAUUGGGCCAUCGAUAUAUAAAGUUGAUUAGACAAUGGGACAUUCAUAUAUAAAGUUGAUUAGACAAUGGGACAUCCAUAUCUAACGUACGCAAAAAAACAACAACAUAUUUUCACACCCUUCUCCCCCCACCCUGCCAACUUAAGAGGCGUUACAUAUAUUACGUACGCACUGGGGAAUCAUUUGACAGCGUGGGGUGGGGGGCACCAGAAUUUACCUACACGUAUCUAUACAUUUUACAAUUCACCUGACAAUCUCUAACAGAGCCAAAUGUCCUUUAAAAAUCUGUUAUUGGUGAUAUAAAAAUAUCACCACUAUGUUUCGCGGUUAUCGUCAUACUUCGUGUUUUCAUAAAAAGCUGGCUAGCUAACCCUCUACCAUACACUAGGCUUUCCGUGCUGGCUACGUAAUUAUUGGGUUUAGGGGGGGGGGGGGACGCCCAACCUUCCCCACGGUCUUGGGUUGGCCGGGGGGGGGGGGGUAUUUUUUUCACCAGGUCUCUUAAAAUCGUAGUACUGAAGUUUCUCGGCGUAGAAACGUAAAAGACAUCUCAAAAUCUUACAUUAGUUGCCAAAAUCAUAAAAGUAAACAGGUCUGCAGUAAGCUUACUACAUAUUUAUAAUACAAACCAGUGAUACAUGCACACUUUUGUUAUUUCGUCAAUGACAAUGUGAUACAUUUCAAUAAAUUCAUGAUUUGAAUAAGCCUAAAGUUCCCUGAUUUUAAUUAAUUGUUUAAAAAUUAUAAUAAUGGAUAUAAUUUACAUUCCCUGGCAGGACCGUCAUUUCAGGCUUUUUUUUUUUUGAGGGGGUAGGGGGCACAGUACAGAGCAAUUAAUUUGAAAAAAAAUAAAACUAAAUUAACAAUAUAAAUAUUACCAUUCCCUUAUUUGUGUUUCCACAAACCUAUUACGUUUGCUUGAGCCUACUUGAAAAUUAAUUUUGACAUAUAUAACAAGUCGGUCAUCAUGCAGCUGUUCUCGCCGAGGAGUAGUCAUACAACAUUCGAUGACAGCAAAACGGCGAGCAAUAAUGAAUAUCGGAUUGCCGGCCUAAAGACAGAUAGUCCGACUUCUGGUAAACGUCCGAAAGUCUCAAUCACUUUCAGCCGAAACCGAAAUAAAACCGAAAGUUUCCUUAUCUGAUUCGACCGAAAGCGAAAUUAGGUCGAAAGUGAUCAAAUGGCAACUUUCAGCGCCCAAACCGAAUUCGUAAUUCGGUCAGUCUCUAGUCUAGCAAUUGUUUGUUGCCGGGUACAUACCUAUCAAGGGUAUCUCCCCCCCCCCCUUUGUUAAGGGUGUACACUCUUAUGGGUAAUAUAACUUUUUUGCCAACCUCACAUUGCCAAACAUUUUUUUUUAAAAUUAGAAUCAAGUAACCCUCUGCUUACUGCUUCCUGACUAAUCUCUCUGUAAUUGAGUGCCAAAGUUAACACAGCUGAAUAUGACUGUGAUCGUGUUCAGUGGCGACGCCAUCAAAUUUAACAUGGCGGGUCCCUUGCAGGUGUUAAAAAAAUUUAGCGGGUCCCAAAUAAAUGUAUUAAAAAUAAAAUUUAUUUAUGAAGUAAAAAGUAUAAAAAUAGGUACAUAAAUCAAUAUAAAUAUAUAUAUAUAUAUAUCAUAUAUAUAUAUAUCAAAUAUAUAUAUAUAUAUAUCAAAUAUAUAUAUAGAAAAUAAAACUUGAGUGUCAGUACGUAAGCUAUGGGGGGGGGGGGGGCACUGAAAAAGUACGCCAUUGAACAGGGGGGAUGGGCGUCGAAAUUUGUGAUAUUUUUUGCGUACGUAAUAUAUGGAUGGCCUCUUACAAGUUAAAAACUUAAAUUUUAUAUAUAUUACAUUUUAUGACGUUAUAUUGACUUUUGAUGUCGAUAAAAAUGUAAACAUAUAAAGGCAUUUAACAUGGAAGUUCUCUUACAUGUAAUGCAGUUUACGCUUAAUGAGCACAUCUACAAUAUUAGUUACUAAUAAAAAUUGACCAGGUCAUUUGCCAGGUCCCAAGUUUUUUUUUACCAGGUCCUGGGACCGGCGGGACCUGGUGUAGCGUCGCCACUGAUCGUGUUCCCUGGUGAGGUUUGUUUCGUGGUAUUCAAGCUAGAUGUAGUCGACAUAAGAGGACGGAACACAAGGACGGGUCAUCACCUCACUCGGCCAGAGACUAGGGCUGAGCCAUGUGCUGACCCGGGCAUCCCGGAAAUACCGAAGAAUUACACACCCGGACUAUACCCGGACCCGGCUAAUAAUACACAGCAGGCGAAUAUUGUUUGAUUAUUAAUCUUACCCGGAGAAAGGGUUGCACUUGGCUCAACCGUUUAUAAUUUUCGUAACAUUGAGUACCCCCUUGUUUAAAAAAAAUUGCAUAUACUUAAAUAACAAUAAAAAAAAUGUGUUUUUUUUCCUUUUGCGGCGCAUAUCCCCACCAAACUCUUCAGGUACCCCCAAGGGGUACGCGUACCACACUUUUGGGAAACACUGUCAGAGACGAUUACGUCUAAUACAGAAUGAGAUCCCGUCAACAGUUAUUUCCCCAGGUUUUUGAUGCGUAGACACACGAGCACGAGGGCUUUCAACGGUCUUGUAACACGAUCUGAUAAAUCGGGUCAUGUGACGUCACUCGUUGUUUACCUUGAUCCUUUAAUUAAAAAAAAAAAAAUUAAAAAUCACGUGGUUAGAUGAAGUGGAAUCCUUUCUUAUCUGGGACCAACGCUGGCAUACAUCAGCCGUUCUCAAUCCUUACAUGGUGCAGACCAUAAACCAUGAUAUGGUUUAUGUUUUGUGUGUUCUCGGAGCGUUCAUGAAUAACGAGAAAAUGGGGCAACCGCCCCCCCCCCCCCCCCCCCCCCCCGCCCCCCCCCCACCCCCCCGGGAGCCCACCCUAACUCCCCAAAUGUAAGAACAGAUUUAUGCCUAGUUUCUACCCCGACUAAGUACAAUUCAAAUAAUAUAGUUAUAAAAACGUAGAUGUCUAUAAGAAUACAUGGAGCAAUAGUGGAUAACUUUUUUUUAGAACCAUGCAGUUAGCAUCUUCGUAUCUGUAACAACGUUAAGUGUUAUUGAGUGGUGGCAAUAUUUGCCAUACAAUACGGUUGUGUAUAAAACAAUUUCAUGGCGGGAUCAAAAGCCAUUGACUAUGCAAUUCUGAUAUGCUAGCUUAUGACUCGUAUAUCCCAAAAUAUUACUCGGUUUUACGAGAUAAUUUAAGACUAGAUUUAAAACCUAAGAUCCCCGUUUCCGGAAAUUGGUUUGAAAGUUAAUUUUUUCGUCGACUGAAAAUUGAACGACGGAAAUUUCCGUCCGAUCAAAUUUCCGUCGUUCGAUUUUUCCGUCGACGAAAUUUCUUUCAAACAAAUUUCCCGUAACCUAAGUUCCCGGUGCCCGGGAUGCCGAUGAAUUUUUUGGAUGUUAAAUCAUUCUCCAGAAAAUUCUCCCGUCACAGGAAAUCCCGGGUAAUAAUUUAGAAUAUUUAGUGCUUUUAGAAUCCUCUUUCUUAAGCUCAUUUUAGUUCGUGUGUGGAGAUUUUUUGGAGGCUAAUUGACCCACUUCCUAUCUUCAUAUUGAGCUGCGAUACUGGGAACUUAUAUAGACUGGUUUCCGAUAACAACACAUUCUAUCAAAUGUUUAGCCCCGUUCCUUACUCGCAACCCCCGAAAAUCAGUUUUCCCGUCCCUCACACUACUUGUUGGUGCUGAAAAUUCACGAAAAUUAAUACAGUUUAUCCACUAUGAAAAGGUUUUUUUACGGCUUUGCUCCCUCGACAAAAGACAUUGCAGUAAAUAUAAAAUGUAUUUGUGAAAGGGAAAAUAUGAAAGACUUAGGAGAAGAAAAAGAGUUUUAAAUUUUCUUGUUGUUUUUUUUUUUUUUUAAAUUGUAUCAUGUCAAUAAAGAACCUAUAAAAUCGUUCUUAUUUGCGUUAUGUUAUCAAGCUCAUGGGCUCUGGCAUAUAUGCCUCACACCUUUUUCACGCCGUGACCCCGUAUAAUAGAAGAAAUGUGACACUGUGCCCUGAGGCAUCACUGGGGUUGGUGGCAUAUGAUUGUAUGUGUAUUGAAAUAGAAUAUUGCAAUUUUCCUCUACAGUUGAUCACAUUCAAAUAUUCUUAUUUUGACACACCACAGUGGUCAUACACUGAUGCGUAACGUAAACACAUCAUUCCUGGCGCAGGCAGUCGAUUGGAACUGUUGGAGCGGCAGUGCUUCUAAAUAAUGUGGGCCCGCUUCCUCACACUGACCUGUGCGCAUGUGUGGGACGAAACCCCCCCCCCCCCACCCCGUUACCGCAACUGUGAAAAACUAAGUUCCAUGCAAGAAUUUUUAUAGUUUUCUUUUUUAAAAUGAAAUGAAUGACGAUUAAACACUGACGUAAUGAAUUAUUUAUCAUACUUUUAAAUACUAGAACAUACAACCCGGUGUUAACGAGAUAAUAAUGGCAUAUAUAAAUGGAAGGCAUAUUGCACUAAUCUCCAAAUUUUCUUGCAAAGUCUCAAACAUCUAAAAAUCCUAUUUUUACUAAUAACUGAAUCAACUCUUUAAAUACUGUAUCAAAAUAUAAAAAAAAUAAAUUUCAACGCAACUUCAAAAUAAAUUAUGUAGGAAAUAAUAAAAUUAGACCUUCCUUAUUUUUAAAGACAAACCUAUGUAUGAAUAUUUACCUUUGUCACAUCAUUUGCUCUUGAUAAUUUUCCCUUUUGUAUAAAAUAGGCCAAGCCAACCAAUUUUCACGUCAAUGUACUAUAUAUAGUGACAUUAAAAAAAAAGUACCCAACCUCUUUCUAGCUCCUGCGCUAUGUUAUCCGGAAAUCGUUGAAAACCGAAUCCUUCAAUUCAAGGUCGAACCUCUUAUCCCAUUUUCACGUCUGAAGGUUACUGUAUUUUUAAAGAUCUAUUCUUAAUCUCAUUUUUAAAAAAAUGGCCCAUGCCCCCAAACUGUACUUUGCGCAGAAUGAAAAUUAAGAAAUAAUAAUCUUCUUUUUAAAGAAAAUCUUAACCCAUAUUUCUUUACGGCCCCUGAAAUGUAUUUUUGGAAAAAGGAAAAAAAAAAAAUCUGUCUAUUUUUAAAGAUGAAAUGUCUUUUUCUUUAAAAUUAUUAUUUUCUUUUUAGAUACUGUUAUCCACACUGGUAUUAUAACUGUUAUAAAUGACUACAGUACAAGUUACAAGCCCAUGAGACGUAACCUCUUAUGGGCUUGCGAUGGUAUUUUUUUUAAAAAAAUAUUUUGAGGUUCCGUCUGAAAAAAAAAUACACUGAAGAUAAAAUUUAAAUUUUAAUUAACUUUCUUAUUUAAUGUGUGUCUUGUAGUUUGAGCAACAAAUUCAAUCAUGGCUUCAGAUAAGUCAUGUAAUAUGUUAAUCAAAUAUGUCAUGAAAUAUGUCAUUAAUAUAACACUUUAAAAUAUGUUUUUGAUACGCUUUCUAUUACAAGUAUUUGUCCUAAGUAAAAUCCUUUAUUUUAACACAUCGCGGUAGGGGGUCACUUUGCUUGUAUAGAAAAGCGGUCGUGACUUGAAAAAGCAUAAUAAUACGAGAACUAGAGCUACUGAGCUUGAAGCAACCUGCCCUAAACCCCGUUUACUCAGGGCCGAGUUGUAUGGCCGGAGUCCCCAGGGACUACUAGGCCAUGUGUCACGGCCAAGGUCCUAAGAGAUAGAAUCUCGACCUCCGAGUAUUGAUCUUUAUUAGCUUAAUACUUCGCCGCCUUUAACUAGUUUAUUCAGGUCCUGGCUUAGAGCGACAAUGUCUGACCAAUCUGUGGCUUCCUGACAUUUUUUUUUUUUUAAAUGAGAAAAUUAAAUUCUAAAAGUAUGCCCGGGAUAUUACCGGGACGGGAAUAUUUCCUGGGUACUCUCUUCUUUACUAAAAAUCGUGCAGGAUCCCGGUAUCCUAAGAUCCCCGGGAGAGAAACCCUCGUCCGGUGUCAUCACAAGAAUGUCUCCUGUGUCAUUUCUUUCAGCUUUGAAGUCUUGUGCAUUCAAAUAAUCGUGCUGACGUCACAAGUCGGAGCCCGUCUUCCAGAUUAAUCCGUUUCACACGUGCAAGCCCCUGCUCCUGGACUGGUCAGUCGUAGAAAGACAUCAUGGCAGACGAGAGGACCCAGUUGGUGACCAGUGGCAGCAGCUUCCGACACCCGAACUAUAAGAAACACAGGAAGGGAGACAAACAGAGAAAGGACUACGAUGACGUAAACGAGGGUGAGCUUGGGCUUAAUUUAAAAAAAACGGUGUUAUAACUGUACAAUAUAUUAUUACUUUACAACAUAUUAUAACUGUAUAUCAUGUUAUAAUAUAGCACAUUGAAGCCGAUGAGUAGCUCUGUCAGAAACGCAGGGUACAAUUCCAAUUCUGCGUUUUGAGGUCAGGUACUUUUUUUUUUGUUUUUUUUUUAUGAAAUCAGAAACCUGAGGAAAUGAGUCAUAAAAGCUUUUCAAAUUUCCUCCUUCGGCUGAGUGAACGGACUUCUGUGAGUUACAGAAUAUCUUCAUAGGUAACUUUUAGCUGAAACAGAAAAGUCUAAAAUAUUUCUGUGUUAUAGUGCAAGGCCUCUAAUGAUGUUAACACAAGACGACACGACCUGUUUUAUGGAAGAGUCAAACUUCAGUGACCUACAAACACAUCCGUUGUUGGUGGUUGGGGCAGCGUAUGAGUAUAGGAUGCCAGGGGUAUUGUUUUGUCCAUCUCUUGGUUAAAUGUGUUUAACCCCUCGUUUCGUAAACUCCACACUGGCGAGUUGAGCUAAAUCCAGGACCAAAUCAUUCACAGUUUUGUUAACCGUUCCGAAAACACCCUCUUCCUUUUUUUUAUGCUUUUCAUUAAUUUCAAUGUAAGAAAAAAAACUCUUCUGUCACUUUUUGAAAUAAUAAUUUUGCCCAUGAACAAGAAUAUGGUUUCGAUGGGUGAAUUUAAUCAAUUUAUUACUGGAUUAAUCAAGUGAAAAGCUACUUCUGUAUUUAAAUAAGACUCAAUCUUAUGUUAAUUGGUAUUCUUCCUAUUCUAUAUCUUAAGGGCCCACGAUCAAUGUAUUGGUCAUUCUGGCUCCUAUGUUUGUAGAGGGGGUUCGCAAAGUUCCUGUGCCUGGUGUUGAUGAGGAUAUUUCACUAGUUGAAAGGGCCACUCAGCGAGGGUAUCAGGAACUGGAGGGGGGGGGGGAUCGUUGGAAGGCAGGAGGCAACAAACGCAAGUGUCAAGUGUAGUCGCCUCAACUGUUUCUUUUUGGAAGCUUGUUCCAGUCCCUGGUUGUCUUUGGUAGGAAUGUGCAGUUUCUUUACUGGCUUCUUGCUGUUAUGAGCCGGAACUGCCUGUCAUGGCCACGUCGCUGUCUAGGGGGAAAGGGACGAGUUUCUCUUUAAUGCUAGAGCAGUGGAAAAGUCCAUUUUUUUAUCUUGAGCAGUAUUCUUUUAUAUGUUUUUUUUUCCUAUAUGGUCGAACAAAAUACGAUCUUGAUCUUGUUUCGACUGGCUUCAUUCAGGGUUCACAAGGGAUUACAUUAUGGGGUCGAUGGCUAAAAGAAUAUUGAGAACCACUUACCUUCAUCAACCCCCCUCAUAUCACAAUACGACACCCAAACAUAAAAUGUGUAUCAACAGUUUCUCUGCUGUGUUCCUACCGUCUUGGCGUCAUCAUCUGCUGCACAUUCUCCAUGACGAUAACCUUUGCUGCCCAGGCCAGCAUGAGUUCAGCAAUGGUGUGCAUGAUAGAAGAUCCUUUGCCCGCCCUGCAAGUGGACAACAGUUCAAACUGGACGGCGCUGGACGCCGUGUUUACAUACACAAAUCUGACCUCGUCCAAUGUCACUGAUGACGUAAGUGUUGCCAAGAGUCAGUGUCAGUUAUUAAUAUAGGUUUUCUGCCUUACUGAUUAUCGGUUUUCAGAAUAUUAGAUUAUAUGGGGACUGCGUUCAAUCCUUCAAUCCGUGUAAACGAAAUAGUGGAACAAGAUAUGUUUAGGCUUGCAAUGAAAAGACAGGACAAUUAAAAUGACUUUUUGUUUCUAAACUCCUUCUUCAGCAGACAAGACAGAUGAAUAUCUUAAUGCUGUAAAAAAAAAAAAAAAGCUGUAUAUGUUUAGGAACACAUGGUCUACGUUUUUUUCAUUAAUAGGCCUAUUUUUAAAUUUUUUUAAUGGUUGAAAUAAUCUUGACUCUCCUCCAUCACCCCAGCUACGCGUUUGCAAAACAGAUGAAUAUCUUAAUGCUGUAAAAAAAAAAAAAAAAGCUGUAUAUGUUUAGGAACACAUAGUCUACGUUUUUUUCAUUAAUAGGCCUAUUUUUAAAUUUUUUUAAUGGUUGAAAUAAUCUUGACUCUCCUCCAUCACCCCAGCUACGCGUUUGCAAAGGCUAAUUUUUUUUUUUCAGUGAUGAUGGCUAAACCAAUUUUUUGACUUAUUCAUGACUUCAAAAAAUCGUUUUAAUUGAUUUUAUUUGUUUCCCUCGAAUUUCUUAGAAAUGGAAGUUUAAUUGGGACAAGACAACACAAGGUUGGGCGCUGUCUUCCUUUUUUGUUGGUUACUAUGUGUCUCAACUUCCUUCCGGUAUCGCAGCUGCCAGGUUGGUCUGUGACACGGACAAUUCAAAAAAAAAAAAAAUAAUAAUAAAUGUAUUACGCUUCAUUAACAACUAGAGACUCUAUAACUUUUAAUGAUUUAAUCUGAGUGUGUCACUAUCAGGAUGAAUGUGGUAGUACCAUGUUGAUCAUUGUCAAGGGAUAGCAAUAAGUUUUUAAAUGUCAACGGGGUUUUAUAUACUUCAAUUUUUUUUUAAGUAUAAAAAAUAGCCUAACAAGCCCAUGUUCUGCAUACUUUAUUCACUUAAUUAUACUUAUAUGGCUUUGUAUGAAAGAUAAUUUGGUCUAACAAAAAAUGUAGUAAAUGAAAGAUUAGGCCUAAAACUAAUGUAGUAAUGUAGACUUGAAAUAAUGCCAUGAAGUGGUGUCUGUCUUUAAAAUAUAACGAAAAUAUUUUAAAAUGCAAGGACUUUUUUUUUUAUUUUUAAGGUCAUCCAAUAUUUCUCCACAAUGACACACGUUUUGUUUUAUUUUAGAUAUGGUGCCAAAAAAGUGGUUGUGAUUGGUUUGAUCUUAACAUCUGUCUUCCAGCUGUUGACAGUGCCUGCUGCAUAUUACGGUGCUGGCUGGUUGUAUGCUGACAGAAUAUUGGUGGGGAUUAUUGAUGUAAGCUUAUCAGUGAAAACUGCUUCAAUUUCAAUGUGAUAAGUACUAUGCUAAGAUUUAUCUGAAUGCUAUUUGUAUUUUGUAAGGUAGACAAAGUUCUUUUUUAUUUGUUUGUGGUCACAGAAUGUAUAAUAUAGGCUAGUUUUUAAAAAAGAUUCAGUUUAAUAAAAAAAAGUAUUUUUAUAAAUAUAUCUUUAGUUAGAUUUUCAAAAUAAAAACUGCAAAUAUUCAUACAAUUUUUUGUUAAAAAUCAAUUUUUUUUUGUAUUAACAAUUAUUAAUACAUGUACUUAUAUAUGUACACUACAGGGUUUUUUGUAUGCUCCAACUUUUGCACUGGUUGGUCAGUGGACUCCACGACACGAGACAAGUCUUUUAUUUGGGAUUGUUGGAAUGGGUAAGGUUUAAUCAACAUGGAAUAUCAUUGAAGUUGUUGAUGUUUCCAAAAAAUACCUGCUACUUUUCCCUAGUUUUAGGAGAAAAAAUGAUAAAAUACCUGCUACUUUUCCCUAGUUUUAGGAGAAAAAUGAUAAAAUACCAGCUACUAGGGAAAAAAAAAGGAUAAAAUUCCUGCUCUGAUACUAGAAGAAAAAAAAAUUUAAUACCUGCUUUCAGCAUAAAUCACCAGCUAGGAUAUAUCUAUAUACAUCUAAAAUGUCAGUCCUUGUUCUUCUUUAUUAAACAUACAUUUCCUUUUAAAAAUUAACAAGAUUUUACAUUUUUUGUCCAGGUAUGGAAUUGGGUGACAUGUGUGCAUUUGGUGUCUCAUUAUUUUCAUGUGAAAUUCCUAUACAGGGAGGAUGGCCCUUUGUUUUCUAUACUCUUUGUAAGUAACUUAUAACUGAGCUUGUCAUUGAACUUCAAUGUCAGAAUUGAGGAUGAUGAUGUAACACUGAUUAAUAGUUUAUUAAUUUUAAUUUCAAUUUCUGUUUUUAAAAUGUUAAACUUACUAAUAACUUUUAUAGUCUUAAACAGUAAAUAAAAACUAAAAAUUAUGUUAGUGUGUGGGUAUAUAAGCAAUACAAUGGCAGUUAAUAACAAAAAUUUAAUAAACUACCCGGUAUUUAAAUGUUUUUUUUUAAUCAGGAGAUUUAUUAGUUUAACCUGUUAGUGUUGACAUGAAUGUUUCUUAGAGGAUGCACAGAUAUUCCUAUUGUUGGUAUGAGAAUAAAAGCAAUAAGUUCAAAUAACCUGCUGUGGGUAAAGUUCUAAAAUGAGAAUGAAGGACCGGGUAUAGAAAUUAAUUCCUCUAUUUUGAAUUUUUUUAUUUAUUUCUGAAUUAUCCCAAUUAUCUUAUACAGCUGGUAUUGGACUCUUGAUUGCUGCAGCAUUCAUUAUUUUUGUGUCUGAUUCACCAUUUGAGAACACCUUAAUGUCCGAUAAGGAGGUGAAAUUUAUUGCCCAGUCCAUCCCUAAGGUUGAGGAGAAGUCUGCAGCAGCCUUGGUGAGUUAGGUUUUACACAAAUAUACAAAAGUGUUCAAAUUUAUUUUACUGCAGCAUCAAAGAUGAACAUAAAAGGAUAUUUAUAGAACUGAAUUGGUAAAUAAUAAAAUUCAAUAAAGAAAACAACACAAUAUUUAAGCCUGGAGGUUGAUGUAAUUAUUUUACUGUCAAAUAUUAAACUUAUUUGUAUAUUUUUUAAUUAUACUAAUCUGUAGUUGGUUUUUUAACCAUUUAUUAAAUUCAGAUAUAAGUAAAGCUACAAAAUUCAAAAACAAAAUUCAAGAACAACUGUAAAAAAAAGGAAAUUUAUAAACACAAAAAGAGUAUAAAACUUGUAGUGCCUAAAAUAUUUUUUCCAUAGAUUUUGCAAAAGAAACAGAACCUAUAAUUUUUAUUUGUCUUAAACUUUAUGUGCAUUCCAAAGCUUGUUCCAAACAUCUCUUUAACUUAUUAUUGACACAUUACCCGUACCAGUACUGCUAUUAAAAUAGAAUUUGAAUUUUUUUUAAUAGUAAAAUUAAUUAGUAUCUCUUAUUAAUAUAAAAUAUUUAUUUAAAAAAUCUUCAUAAUUUGGAAUUGACAAUUAAUUUUAUAUUUGAUUUCGUCCUGAAAUUUAAGACCUCAAUACCUGUGAAAGAGAUUCUCAAAUCUGCACCUGUGUGGGCUAUUGUUGUGUCUCAGAUUGGUUCUGAUUGGAUGUACUAUUUCAUUGUUACAGUUUCACCCACCUACUUAAAGGAUGUCAUCAGGUUGUCCAGUCUUGAGGUGAACAAAUUUAUGAUUGAUGGCUGAUUGUAAGAAUAAAAAUGUGGGUGAGAGGAUGGGGGUCAAGAGGUCAUCUACAUUUUAAAAAAAACAAAACAAGUAUUACAAAAUAACAAGACAGAAAUCUAAUGUUAUUCUUUAAUGCAAUUUUCAUCAAUUUUUGUGACAAAUAGAUCAACAUUAUAUCUGGACUUCCGUUUCUGGGAAUCAUCCCUACCAUAUACUUGUCUGGCUAUCUGAGUGACAGGGUGGUGACCAGGGGAGUGGUCUCCAAUACAACAGUCAGAAAAGUCAAUGAUGGCUUCUGUAAGUUUAUAGUAUCAAGAUGUUUUCAAAAUUAAGAAAUAAUAAUAUACCUUGUCGCACUUUUACCAUAUCAGUCUCUCAUCCAAUCCUUUCUACAAUCAUUCCUCCCCCCCCUCACUCACCCAUCAUUUCCAUCACCCUGUCAUACUACUACACUGUCACUUUAUCAUCAUAUCCAUCCAGGGGUGGACUGGGUCACCUGGACAAAUCCUGGCGGGCAGCCAUGGCCCGUGAUAUUUGGGGUGACUCUACAUUAUAACAAAACUUGUCUUUUAAAUAUUUACGUACAAAUUUUUGUCCCCGGCCGUUUGGACGCUCUAGUCCACUACUGUAUCCAUCAAAUCAUCCUGUCAUACAACUAGGAUCAUAUCCAUUCACAAAAUUCCAUAAAAUCUUUGAAUUGUAAACAAGGUCAUUAGUAUGAUUACCAUUUAUUUGUGUCUGUCCUGAUUUGUAAAUUAAUUAACAUCACUAUCUUCCCCCAAACAAUUUGUUUAAUCUGCUUCUUUUGCUUGAUAUAAACACUAGCAAGAAAGCUGAACCCAAAUAUUACAGGAUGAGGCACAGAAAAAUCCUGUGGGCCCCCUACAUCAAAUUGCAAGACACGGUGCCAAGCACCAAGGCACUUGCACAGGCAGAUCUUCCCAGCAUCUAUACCAUUUUAAUGCCGUCCCCACUUACGCUGGGUACAUAUCCUGUCAGAAAAAAUGCUGCAAAGACACCAUGAAAGCCUCAUUGAAAGCAUUCUGCAUAAACCCAAACAUAUGGGAAUCAAUGCAAAGGAUCAAGCCUCUUGUUGCCACUCCACUGUACACAAAGCCUCAUGCAACGCCAAAGGAACAGAACGUCUGCUGCAGAACACAAAAGUCUGGGUUACUACCUGGAGAUAUCUCACCUAUCUCUUGAACCAACUGCACAAGAAGAGUUGUGCCAAAAGUGGGACCAUAUCAAAAGCUAUUUGCAUAUACACAGACAGAAUCAGCCACAGUAACUAUUGGAUUGUUGAAGUGUUUCUGAUCAGAUAACGUAAUUUUAAAUUUGCAAUGUUAUAUUCUGUCGAAAUUUUUAUAUUUACAGGUAAAUUGAUACCUGCAGGAAUUCUCAUAGCCAUGGGAUUUCUUCCUGAAGGAUCUGUAGGGGGAGCUUUUGGUUUAAACUUUGUAGGAGCCAUGGCGUUAGGCUUUGCUUAUGUCAGUUGGAUGGCCAAUCCUGUUGACCUGGCCCCUGCUUACACUGGAUUCAUUGUGGGAGUCUGUGAGGUCAGUCGACACUCCUUGUUGCCAGGUUAUCUCUUAUAACAACACUAAAUGCAUCAAUAAUUAUCUAUAAUAACAGCGCUAAAUACUUUAAUCAUUCCCGAAUUGUAUCAUUUGUAUUGUUUAAUUUCAGGUCGGAGCUGUAUGGGUGGGAAUUGUUGUCCCUAUUGUAGUAGAGACAAUAACAGACGAUGUAAGCAAACAUGAUUUAUGUUUUAUCUAUUAUAUGGACUGAUUAUCGAAUUAUGCUUUUUGUAUUUAGAGUUACCAGUAUCUAUUAUGUAUAGAAUUCAUUAUACUAUAGAAAAAACCAGUAAUUAUUUUUGGUUUUUACCGUACCCAGAAAUCCAGGGAGAAAUGGCAGCUAGCGUUUUACAUCAGUGCUGGCUUGCAGGUCUUCUGCUAUGCCUUUUACCUGAUGUUUGCCUCUGGCGAGCUCCAGCCUUGGGCAUUCAGCUCGUACAAACAUGCCUACCAAGGCUUAGGCAACGAGGAAGUGGACGGUCUGCUCAAAAAUAAAAUGACCCCGGCAGGCAGUAAUGAAACAGUUGAUUCUGUUAGCGAUGCCAAAAGGAGGGCCAAAGAUGAAGAGAGUCAGAGGCUGAUCAUGUCCUUGUCAUUAUCUCUGGGUGGCUUUAGGGGGACACUGUCCUACGAGGAGGAAGUCCAAGCCGAGCAGGAAAGAAGAAGAAAAGAGUAUGCGGAGGGUCCAACGUUGGUGUAUUAUGGGUCAGCUCAGACGGACGGCAAGCUUGAAUCAGGUUUCGCAGAGACUAAUCUCAGAACUCACAAUGAAUGUAAGACUUUAGUUUCUGUUGGGGUUCAGGUGUAUGCCAGCGACAUGAAUACCCCCAGCCCAGAAACUAGUGGAGACUACACACAGAGUAGGCCAAGAGGAUUGAGACACCUCCCGCCAGUUGAACAUGGCAGAGGAGACUUGGCUGUUGUCUCAACGCCAUUGCUGACAUCAUCUCAUCUGAAUAGUUCAAGCUCACCACAGCAUAAUGAAGGUAAAAUAAAAGCCAUUGCUUCAGAUUUGAUCUCGUCUUUUAAAGCAAGCACCUCCCUUGAGAAGAGUCUUGAAAAUUCUCAAAAUACAAGUAGCAUCAUGGAACCCACUGAUGAAAUAUCAGAGUCUGUCGACUUGGGGAGACACCUAGAAACUCAUGCCAUUAAAACAGACGGUGUCAGUUUGUGGGAGGAAAUCAAUCAAGCGGAUGCUGCAAGUGGAUUAUUGAAACAGAAAGAAAAGUCAGAGGUUCAUUCAAAAAAGCCAAGCUUCUUCAGACGAUUGUUUCGAUCAGGUCGCAGCAGGAGUAAUCCUGACCUUGCAGAGGAGGAGAGUGCUGCUGACGAGGUUGAUGGUGGUGACGUGAUAUUGUUUGAGGGCAGUCCCUGGGCCACAAAAAGUUUUGAGAGUGCCACUAGCAAGAGGAAAACUUCAGUGAAAGGAAAAAAGGUGGAUAAGCGGCCUCUCAACAAAGAAGAUGAGCAGUCGCUAAUGACACACAGACAAGACGGAUUGAAAAACAAUAAUUUUUAAACCAGUAAGUUGAGCUCGGUGGGACAAUAUAAUCAGUAUUAUACAAUUUGACCACAAACGUAAAAGGUAUCCAGACACUCUGUUCACACAGAAGAUCAAAACUAAUUUUGUUAAACAAUUGCUUCAUGAUUGUAUUAAAGUACAUUUUAAAUUAUAAUUAUAUAUAAAUCUAAGUUUGCAAACAUUUUAAUGAAAUGGUUUUAUUUCCUGAAAUGACUUUGGUGGGCAAAGAAAAAGUAUCAUAUUCUUAUGGACAUGAUCAAAAGACAUUCAGACAAUUGUUUAAUAAAAUUAAUACAUUUUCAAAGCAAUCAGUAUGUGGCAAAAGUCAAGCAGUAUUGCGCAGGGUAAUUGUGAUAAAUGAUAUUAAAAUUUUUAUGUAAAUACAAAACCUGCUAAUUUCUGAUUGGCCAGUAGUACUGGUACAGCAUUUCAAAAAUACUUUUACCUUUAUGUGAUCAGAGCUUUGAUAUUUUGAUGUUAAAUUUCUGUUGAGUGUUCAUUUAUAAUCACUGUUUAUGGAAAGAUGAUAAAUUGCUUCUUCAUGUAGUCUGACUACUCUUUCAAUAGUUAUUUCAUUUACAGACACUUUAAGCCACAUUCAUUUUGAUCAACACUAAUCUCCAGCUCAGAUUGUGCAGAUUGUGAGAGGUCAGUUGUCAGCAGUUCACAGACCUAUUUACCCUCAAACUCUUAAAAUCGUACAAUAUCAUCAUCACAAAAUCAUUCAAUACCUUAUAUUUACAUAAAAAAAUAAACACACAUAUUAUACAUAAUGUUUACACCUCAAAAUCGUACAAUGUACGCCAAAAUCGUAAGAGUAAACAGGUCUGAGUUUAAAAUGAAAACAAAGUAGUCAAUGAUAAAUUUUUUUUGAAAUCUAUUAUUUAAUGACUAGGUGUCUCUGGCACAAUGUUAACUACUGACAUGUCAACCAUGCCGCAAACUGAAUUUACUGAUAUUCUCAUCAAUAGAAUGAUAUUUUGAGCGUGUGCUGAAACUGAUUUCUGAAAAUUUGAUUGCAAGGAAAAAAUCAGUAAGAUUUUUUAAAAAUGGUAACAAUGAAUUGCAAAUAAGUUCAUUUGCCUGAAAUAGUAUAACAUUCUGUUUAAAAUUUACAUAACUCCAUGUAGUAUGUAUAUUUUAUAUUAUCAAUGGUGUGUACAUUAUACAUGUCUUUAAUGUCUGUAUUUUUUUUAAAUUUCAAAUACCUUUGUCUGAAUAUACUAAGGUUUAUAAUUGUUUUAAUUUGCAUUUUUUACCCCUAAACCUAAAAGAAUUUAGCACUGACCACAUAAAUGAACAUUUCCAAGAGCAAGAAAUAGCUGCAAUAAUUUAUUUAUAAUUUGUUAAUUUAUUGUACAGCAGGGUUAUUUUUCGUACACUCAAAGAGUAAAUGGCAAUAAAUUUUACCCACAAAUAAUUUUUCCACCAGGCAUGAAUUAUUGAAUUAUCAGUGCUGCAAUUUCCAUAACUGUUGAAACUUGAUGACAGUGAAAUCAGAUUUCAUUAUCCAAAGCAGACUCUCUAGUAACACAAACCAAGAAUGUUUAAAUCUCAAAAUAUAUCUUCUUUAAUGGAAGCAAUUUUUUAUGCCCUUUAAACAUGUCUUCAGGUGAUUGGAGAACUUCAAAAAUGCAUAUUUUUUUGUCCUAAAGUAAACCUCAUUUUUAGUGAUGUCCUUGUCAUUAAGUCUUUCAUACUUUCAAUCUUAUAUGUUAUUUAUUUCAUGAUGGUAUCAAUGUGAUUUUAUCUGAAGAAUUAUUUUUAAGUUUAUACUUUUACGAUACUAAUGUGCCUUUCAAGGUAAAAUAAUGCAUUCUUACUUAUCUUUCUAACAUCAGGCUUAUGUAUUUGAUGAGGCAGACAAUAUUAUGAUAUAUAAUUUUGUAAUGUUAUGAAAUAUGCCCAGAUUGCAAAAUAAAUUUAAAAUACCCCCCCUCCCCCCCCGCCGCAUAUUGAUCUUUAGGGUCCAUUUCCCCUGAACUGAAAUUUAAUCAGAAUAGAACCAGUAGGGUUAGCAAAUGAAAUUUUGUGCAAACACAGAGAACCCAUGCAGCUAAAUCUUUACGAUGAUGUGCCCCUUACAAGUCAAGCCCUAAUUUGUUUCAGGACACUGACAACUGUCUAGUGCAGCAGCACUUGUUGGAUUGCUCCCUGCUAAGAGGGACCCAACAGAAAAAUACAAAUGUGAUACAGAGUUAUUUUAAAGCUUUUACUUGUAUUGUUUCCAAGUGUCCAUGUCAACAACAAAACUAAACAAGUGUGUCAAUGUUUUAUGUGGAAGUGGAUAUUAUUGAUUUGCCCCACCUUUUUGUAAUUUAAUUAAGUGAUGUUGGUAAAAUCACAAUUUCAUUGAUUAUAUUUAGUAACAUGUAAAUUUAAUUUUAACAUUGUGUUAUUUAUUGUUAAAAUCAUAAUGCUAUUGAUUAUAUUAGUAACAAUAAAUGUGAUAAUAUUAUAAUGUAAUAACAUCAUGAUAAUGCUAAAACCACACUGACAAAUACAUUAAAGUUAAAUACUUAAACUGUCAUUGUUCAUCUGAUCAACACCUUAUUCAGUAUUCAACUCUGCCAUCCACUUCUGGAUAAACCGUAAAGAAAUUGUAAUUCAAACUCAACGUAUUUAAGUUGAUUAUUUGCUACCAAACAAACAGGCUCUAUGAGUUGUACAGUGUGCAUGAUCAAUAAAAUAAAUUUUAAAACUAACUGUCCGAUGAAAUUCAGUGUUAAGAUCUUCUAACUGUCCAAUGUAAUUCAGUGUUAAGAUCUUCUAACUGUCCGAUGUAAUUCA